CAAAGCAGAAGAAGGCAGCCAGCAGCAGAAGAGGAAUGGAGAGGAGGGAGCCGGGGAGGAUGUAGGCCACGCUGCCCACCACUGCCCGCCACCCUUGGCUGAGCGACUUUCUGGUUUUCCCUGAAAAGAUCCAGACUCUCUUCUCCCAGACUUGGAAGCAGAAAGCAGGAUCCCUGCUGCAAACUUAGACUUCAACAGAACCUCUGGAAACUUGCAGGGCCUGGAGGGGCCAUGUCCCUCAUCCCAUGGCUCCGGUGGAAUGAGCCCCCAUCCAGGCUGUCAUCCAGGAGCCCUGCUGAGAUGGUGCUGGAGACGCUCAUGAUGGAGCUGGUGGGGCAGAUGCGAGAGGCUGAGAGGCAGCAGCGGGAGCGCAGCAACACGGUCAGGAAGAUCUGCACUGGUGUGGACUACAGCUGGCUGGCCAGCACGCCCCGGUCCACCUAUGACCUCAGCCCUGGGGAGCGGCUGCAACUGGAGGACGUCUGUGCCAAGAUCCACCCAUCCUACUGUGGGCCUGCCAUCCUCAGGUUCCGGCAGCUGCUGGCCGAGCAGGAGCCUGAGGUGCAGGAGGUGUCUGGGCUCUUCCGCUCGGUGCUGCAGGAGGUUCUGGAGAGGAUGAAGCAGGAGGAGGAGGCCCACAAGCUGACGCGCCAGUGGAACCUGCGGCCCCGGGGCAGCUUGGCCACAUUCAAGAGCCGCGCGCGCAUCUCGCCCUUCGCCAGCGACAUCCGGACCAUCUCGGAGGACGUGGAGCGAGACGCGCCACCGCCGCCCCGCACUUGGAGCAUGCCUGAGUUUCGGGCACCCAAUGCAGACUGACCCCGGCCACGCCCCUGUUCAAAGGCGAGAGCCUGGCAGGAGGACAUGAUAGGCCGGUGACCUGGUCGUCGGUCCUGGAACCUCUCCCCUUACCCCUCAUGAGGAAAUCAGAGGCGGCCCUAUCCCAAAAUGCUGCUGUAAAAUGGGACGACCUCUCCCCAUCCUACCCUCUUCUGGCCAUGGACCGAACCAGGGGAGUCAGGGCGUGGAGCUGCUGCCGCAGGCGGCCCCGCCCUCCCUCGCCUGCUCGAGAUGCUGGAGCUGCCCCGCCCCCCACCUCAGAGUCUCGAGGUCUUGACAGAGAGACCUAUGCCCCAUCUCCAUCUCCUUCAACGAGGUGCCCUAUCUUUUUUGCAAGACUUGGGUGCUCACCCCAAAUUCAGGGAUAUCCCAUUCAUCUCUUCCUGGGUAAUGAUAAGGGACUUGUUGGAUGGUCUCCAUUCUCUUUAGUGACUGACUGAUCUCAUCCCUGGAGGGUGGGUCACAGCCUUGUGGACGGGCGGAGCCGGCAGAUGCAACAGACCACUGGAUCCACUCUUGUCAGCUAGUGAACAAGGAAACUGAAACUCAGAUGGGGUAGCUUCUGUCCUAAAGUACAUCCAGGUCCACACAGGCAGUGAGAUUGUUCCUGUAGUCUCUGCCCCUGAGUCCCUGAAUCCUGGGCUAUGAUGGGACGUUCUAGGGGAGCAUCUCCAUUCCAGUGGUCUGAGCAAUGCCUCCCCUGUGUUGGGGGAAAGUGGCCCUAACUACCAGUGCAUGCUCAGAAAAUGCAAGUGGAUCUUAAUAAUAAAAUAAGUAAAAUGUCAGAAGGAAGUGAAACGAUAGGGAGUAAAUUCAUAUAUUCACUGCAAGCUCAGUGGAAAUCCACCCCCGUUUUUUUCUGGAGACAGGGUGUCACCAUGUUACCCAGGCUGGUCUUAAACUCCUAGGCCCAAGUGCUCCUCCUGCCUCAGCCUCAAAAAUAUCUUGAUUUUGGAUUAUUUUUAUUCAAAUCUGAACAGAAAAAUCAUAGAAUGGUGGAACCCUCUCAUUCAGUGCUAUCAAGAUGAAGGAGCUGAUUGGCUUAUUAAAUAAUUGGGAGAAGUUGAGAAUCACAUAAAGAAAAUGUACACCUUAAAAUAAACAUGUAUUUGAUUGGAAGACAUUGAAAAGUUCAUUCAAUCCCCAAAGUUUGGAUAUAGGUCCAGGUGGUGUUCCCUUCUCUGAACUCACAUGUAUGGGUUGUGUGACAGGAGUCCCACACAAUAACAAGAACAAGUGGCCUUAACGAGUUUUUGGAAUAAACAGAAGAGACUCUUGGCAAGCAGCCACCCAGCUGGGAAUGACUGUUGAGGGAGAGCUAAAACAAAGCCUACAACCCAGUUUUCUGGGGUGCCCUGAUGAGGUUACCAUGAUUUUUAAGAGGAAUGGAGGGUCAUGGCUCACCUGGAAGGAGGUUCAAGAGGCUGGUUCAGAGAACAUCUACUAUUUUCCUUAUUCCCUAUCCACUCACACAUACCUGUUCUCCCCAAAGAAAAGGAAGACCUCAGGCUUCAACCUGGUGUCCUUUUUAAAAAAAG